CCCGCAUCGUAUUCAACAAGGUCUGUAGGAUGGCAAGAACAGUUGAGUCCAAGCACAAGCUACGCAAGACGACUGAAACACACCCCGUAAAAAAAGACAAGGCAAAGUGACGCACAAAGACUCGAGCGAAUCCGACAUCAGGAACACACAAUCCUGCAAGUGGCACAGGUUUGCCCACCACUGUCCGGGAGAGGCUGGGACAGGGACUGAAGCUCCUCAGUAACGCAUUUGCUUGAAAGUAAAUAGGUGAAGAAGGCAGAUGUCUAGGUUUCCGCGAUCGCUGGCAGUUCACCUUUGUCAAAAGCAAAUUCAAGAAACCGGAACGAAACAACGAAAGCUGAAGAAGCUGCGUGUCGGCGCGAGUUUCGACCGAGGCGGACUUCUUGCCACAGGCCCUCUGUGAUCAAUGAGCUGCACAAACAACGCGAUUUUCACUUGAGUGGUCUCCUGUAUUCCUCAACUCAGACUGGGGAGUCACGGAAGCCGCAAAGGAAAGAAGCGAGUCGAUCUGCGCAUCGCAGUGCACACUCGUCUACGGAUGGUAGAAUCGAGCUGUCCGGCUGAACAUCCCUUUCCUACAGACAUCCGCGCCGAAAACUCAGGUGUAUGACGGCAGCUCAGAACGGGGCGGCGAACUCUGCUGCCGGCAUUUCCGUUCAAGAUGGUUCGGCGGACAAUAACUCUCGAUUGAGCGGCUCUGCGUACGUAGUAGAACUUCUCGACCAGGCAAGGUCUCCAGCAAGUUGCAGAAUUCCCUGGAAAAGCUCAGAAACAGUCCAGACAAAGAUUCCUCUCACGAUGAUGUUGUUCUCGAGUUCGACCGCGACUGCUGGGACUGCAUGUGAUGACUUUCCGCUAGGUCGCGAGCCUUCGCCUUCGCUACCCCCCGACGUCCUUUCUCUUCGGCUAUUAUUCAUGGCACAGGAGCACGAGGCGACACUCCAGCUGGACACCGUUGCCGCGACCCUGCGACUCUUUCUGGUGAACGCGUUUGCUUUUCGCCGUGUUAAAGUGGCUUUUCAGCCAGUCACCUUUGUCCUCGCGGCGGUAAAAGAGACCGAGACUUUCGUCGCGCUUCUGCGCGCGCGCUACGCUGACAGCGAAAAAUCGCCCGUCCCGCUCACCCCUCAAUUGCAGUUUCGGUGUUUACAACCGGGCAGGGAAGCGGCUGCUGGACCUCGCAUCUGCCACCUGCGUCGUUUCUUCUUUCGGCGUUCGUUUUUCUCCUCGCCUCUCUGUUCGCCGUCAUCUCCGUUGCGGCUCAAAGGCGAAUCUUCGACUUGUGGGGCGGACUGUCGCGUAGGGUCUACAGACACUGGGCGGACGAACAGUGUCUCGCAUUUUCCAGUUGAUGCUUCUCUUUUUUCCGGCUCAUUCGGCACCGUUUUCGCCUCCCUUCUUGUGCUCUGUUUCCUUCGUGCCUGCUGACUUCCAGACAGGUCCCGGUCCUCCUCUGUUCGCGUCCGUACCCAAGCCGUCGUCCUCCGCUGCUUGGUGCCCUCUCCUCCCCCCUCAACGCUGUCCGGAAGUGUUGGCAUUCUCAGUUUCUGGGACUGGAAAGGAUCGCAAAUGCUCUCUCCGGUUUUCCUCCGCUCUCCACCUGUUUUUUCCUCUGUCUGUCCAGCGUCUUCUCGACGAAGUGAACACACCGCCGAAUCUCCGAGCUCGACGCAGCUCCUCGCUGCGGCUUCUGCGUCUCGUCUCCCCCCGGACCUUCCAGUCUCUCUCUGGAUAUAUCUCUUCUUCGUUUGUCUUUCAUCACCUCGCCAGUGUUUUCUUCUUUUGCGCUUCGCCUGCCGCGGCUCUCGCCUCCGUCUCUGUAUCUCGCGUCCUCAGCUUUCUCUCUGCUCGGUCUCUUACUUGCCUGCAGUGUUGUGAGACUUGGUGGGGAGCAGUUGCAGAGAACUUGGUUCUGUGCAUCUCUUAGCUGAAGUCCUUUUCAGUGUCCUCUCCGGCGGUAAUCUCUUUUCUUCGCUCGUUCAUCUUGACUUCCACCGUCUUCUCUUCCAUCUCCAACGAUGGCAGCUCGAGCUUGGAAGGCGGCUUUGGUCGCCGCGCCGCCGUCUCGCCGGUACCGUCUUUCUGUGUCUUCUCUUCCUUCGUCACGUCUGAACUCUCCCUCUGGUCUGUCUCUUCUUUUGCGUCCGUCGAGCGUUUCUUCCGCGUCAGCUUCUUCACAUGCUUCUGCUCCUUCUUCCUUCGCAUCCUCUCCUCCCUCGGUCCCUACACUCGCCUCCGCCUCCGCCGUCUCUCUCGACUCGCGUCGUUGUCUCGCUCGCGUCUCGGUCUCCUCCUGCCGGAACUCUGUACCCACCUUCUCGCAGGUCGAUUCCUCGCCUUUUGCGUUGUCUCCGCUCUUCUCGCGCAUCCCAGCUUCUUCUCUCGCCUGCGCUCCGCGCGCUCCGCUGCGACUCUGCUCGCGAGCAGACUUCUCGUCUGCGUCUGGCGACAGUGCCUCGGACGGCGCCGGCCGGACCUCCUCCUCCUCUCGCUCUUCACACCACUCGAGUUCUCGGACCCACCGUUCGUCGCAGCACCGAAGGCCUUCCUCGGGGGGCUCGGGCUCUUCUGCGAGCUUCAUCAAGUCCGUCCUCGCGCAAGUCAAGCAAGACAUGGAACGGAAUCAUGAGCUGAAGAAGGCGAUGGAGGAUCUGAAGGCCUCUUCGCUGUCGCAGAAGAGCGAGAAGCUCAGCAGCCGCGUCCAGGAGGCAGCGGCGACGGCGAGUGCUCUCGCCAGCCAGAUGGCUAACCAGACGCAGACGCUGUGGGGGGACGCGGCGACGCAGGCGAGUCGCAUGCAGCAGCUGUUGAAAGACAAGGCCUUCACACCGAUUCAGGAAGCGACCGAGCAGAACGCAGCUCUCAAGGGCGUCGCGCAGGCAGUGGGGCGCGCGAGACAGCGGCUCAAUCAUGCGUUGUCCAAGGUCGCGAGCGCCACAGAGAUCUUCAGAGACGACGUCGACGACGCCGAGAAGAAAGCCGCCAAGUGGAGACAAGACAUGGCAGUAAAGCGCUUCAAGGAGCAGGAGGCGCGGAAGCGCGAACAGGAACUUGCGCAGCGACCGAGCGACUCGGAAGCCGACGGCGCAGACGAAGGCGCGAAGAAGCCACAGGGAGCAGGCGAACGAGAGGGCGGCGAGCGACGCACGGAGGAAGAAGAACCUCGAGAGGAUGCCCUAGUUCUCUCUCAAAGAACCAGCUGGGAUCGAUUCUCCACCAAGUUCAAGGAAAUGUCUUUCCUGCAGAACUUCUUCGAGAACCCCCUGGUCGCCCAACUUUUUGGAGAGACAGAAAUCGCCGCCUCCAUCCGUGAAAUGAAAAUCCUGGAUCCCAAAUUCAAGUUGGCAGACAUGCACAACAUGAUGGAGCGCGUCAUCGCGGCUCACAUUGUGCAAGCCUUUCUGCUCGGAGACGAAGGCACUCUUGCUGUGCACUGCGCAGAGGGCGCCUUCGCCGCAAUGCGCGCGUCCAUUAUCGAACGUCGCGCCCAGAAGGUUCGCCUGGACAGCGAAAUCCUGCAGCUUGGAAAUGUUGAACUCGUCGGCGCCCGUCGCAGCUUGACGCCGCCGAUUUGCGCGACGCAGAAUUUUUCUGCAGACGAGUGUCCGUGGUUCGUUUACACCUUCACUUGUCAACAAGUGAACUGUUUGCGGUCGGAGGUCGACGGACGCGUGGUUGAGGGCCGCGAAGACGACAUCCGUCGAGUCGUCUACUCGAUCGCUGUCUCCAAGCACCCAAAACCGGAGACGGAAGGUCUCCUCUAUCCCUGGAUGAUUCGAGAGAUCGCCAUCAUCGGCAGCGAAGCAGUAUGGUGAUUUCUGAGAGGCUGCGUUCACUUGAGGCGCGCUGCAGCUUGUCGACGCGGCCCUGCUGGCCGUUUCACAGCGGUGACUAGACACCUUCGCGAGAGUGGAAGAGAAACUGAAAGAAAGACGCAACGGGAAGACGAAGCUCGAGGAAGACGCCUGCAAAUCCGUGUCUUUCCUGCAGCUAUCGUCGCCUGUUCGGAGUCUUCCAAUCAACAAGAGCACUGCAGGAAGCUCUUUUUUUUUCUCGUGUGGGUCGCACCUUUGUUUCGCUCCGCCCUCCCGUUGUUUCUGUUGUUGUUUUCCUCCUAGAGUUCUCCGUUUUUCCGUCCUCCGCUUCCUUUGUUUUUCCCUUCGUUUUUCUUCUUGUCUUUCGUUGGGCCUAGGUACCUCGUCGCUCGUGAGUCAACUGUCUCAUCGAACGCGGCGCGACCUCCGCUGUCAACCGACGCCGUCCAGUUCCACGCUUUCCGUUGACGCUGAACUUUUUUAAUCGUUUGAAAGCAACUGCGCAAGUCGAAUCAAGAGAGACAGACGCGCACGGGAGAACGCGCGAAAGACCCAGAAAGUGACGAAACUCCGAUGUGAUUAUCGAAGCGCCGCACACCCCCAGUUAACCGUAGCAGAAGCCGGCGUAAAAGUACCGACGUCGUGGUAGGAUACGGAAACUGAACGCUCUUCCGCCCAGCGACAGGGCGAGGCGUUGCCUGAGAAACAGGAUUGCCGACAUGCGUUUGCAGCCUUUGAGACGCCGAGUUCGACUGCGGGAUCAGAACUCGAAGGCCUCUGCGUACGGAAUCCACGCUGUGUACUGUGUUACCAGAGCAGGCAAAAAAGAGCAACGGGGGCGAGACAAGGAAAGGAGGAAACAAGCGAACCGCCUUUCGGCUGUCGCGCUCUUUCGAUUUCCAAUUGCAGUUCCCAGGAGGGCUGGUCUUUAAGGCAGUCUUAAUGCUUUGCAGGAGAUGGGGAGUGACAAGCAGAAGCAACGCAGCCGAAAGAGUUUCGCGAGAGAGAAAACGGUCCCCGCAGCCGGCGACUCGACAGACCGGAAAAUGAGGCUCGACUCAGAAGGCCACUGUCAAAAACACAGGAAACGCGUAGUAGCGGUACACGUAAAGCGAGGAAAUGAAGCACCCACAGCCUCGUCAGGUGUAGGGACACCGCGCGGCAGCAGCAGAAGAAGGAACAAGCCAGAAUGGCGGAGUUUCGUUUCAGAACGAGCGACAUGCAUGCAGUGCUUCCCAAAAAAGCGAGAAACAACCACAUGCUGUCUCUUUUGUUCGCCUCUCCAC